AUGCCGUCAAAUGGACCGGAAUGGAACGUAAAUGUGGCCGCAGUUUCACCACAGGUGGAGCUCGGAGUAGCUAAGAGAAUAUUCCGACAACUACAAGGCCAAAUAUUCGAAUGUUGGAUGAAGAUCCGCACGUUUUUCAACAAGGCUAGGAAUAUAGCAGCAAAUGAGCCAAAGAAAGUGAUCCAUGGUUUGAAAGUAGGCAUGGCUCUUUCUUUGGUCUCCCUCUUUUAUUACAUGAGACCCCUCUAUGACGGCGUUGGCGGCAAUGCCAUGUGGGCGGUCAUGACCGUUGUCGUAGCUCUCGAAUACUCUGUCGGUGCAACUAUAGCUAAAUCCUUUAAUCGAGUAACCGCCACUUUUCUAGCGGGCUCUAUAGGAAUCGGCGUGCAUUGGAUUGCAAACCAAUUCGGAGAACUCGAGCCUGUGGUUCUUGAAGCUUCCAUAUCCAUUCUAGCUGCAGCAGCUACUUUCUCAAGAUUUAUACCAUCAGUGAGAGCUCGAUUCGAUUAUGGAGUCAUGAUAUUCAUUCUAACGUUUAGCUUUGUGUCGAUGUCGGGCUAUCGAGUUGAUAAGCUGUUAGAACUAGCUAGAAACAGAGUGUCAACCAUUGCCAUUGGAACCUCCAUUUGCAUACUUACAAGCAUGCUUUUCUAUCCUGUUUGGGCUGGCAAAGAGCUUCACAACCUCAUCUAUCAUAACCUAGAAAAACUUGCAGAUUCCUUGGAUGGUUGUGUAAGAGACUAUUUUAAAGACAAUGAGGAAAGAUUCAGUAGAAAGCAAGAGGGUUACAAAUGUGUGCUUAAUUCAAAGGCAACAGAAGAAGCUAUGGCCAAUUUGGCUGGAUGGGAGCCUGCUCAUGGACGUUUCAAGUUUCGACAUCCAUGGAAACAAUACCUCAAAAUCGGCGCCUCCAUGCGCAGUUGUGCUUACUGCAUCGAGACUCUGAAUGGUUGCAUCAAUUCAGAAGUUCAGACACCAGAGGUGCUAAAGAAGCAUCUGAAAGAAGUAUGCAUGACACUAAGCUCGUGUUCUUCAAAUGUAUUAAAAGAAUUAGCUAUGACGAUGCAAACCAUGACAAAGUCAACUAAAACAGAGUUCUUUGUACAAGAGAUGAACUUUGCAGUUCAAAGUUUCCAGAAUGUGUUCAAAGAAUUAUUGAAGCAACCAGUCUUGCUGCCUGUAGCAGAGGCAGAUGAACAAAAUUCAAGAACUUGCAAAGGAGAGAUGUCACAGAAGCCUCAAAUAGUGCCAAUAAUGGGGAUUUUUCCGCUAGCCACAAUGGCAUCAUUGUUAACAGAGAUUGCAGAACAGGUAGAAGGCAUUGUUGCUGAAGUAGAUGAGAUGGCAGCACAAGCAGAAUUUUACGUGGUCAAUUACAAGGAAAAGAAAGGAAACAAACUUCCAAAGUUCAAUCAAGAUCAUGUAAUCCUAACAAGCCUCCAAAGGGUCUGAGUAGAAUUUGACCGGUUUUGGGUCCUUAUGGACCGACCCUUUUAUACAUUUCUAGUCUGAGUUAUCUUAACUUCUCUUUUCAUGUCGGGUGACUCGGUAUCAUUUGCCUCUCUAGUUGCACGCUAUAAAAAUAAAAAGCUAUAACGGUAA